UAUAUCUAAGACGAUAAAUAUGAGCCACGCAAGACACCCACUAAUCUCCCUCUCCGUGGACUGAAAAAACCCUGCGGUAAUUGGCUCCUCCACCAUUGGAGACUGAAGGGCAUUGCUUUCCCAAUUGCUAAUAAUUUACAAAGGGCGAUCCUGCUACUGAAUGUAGCAAAGAAGUGAGGGAGCAAUUCGUAAUCUGCUAGUUCACAACGGUGAUCCUGCUCUUGAAUGUAGCAAAGUGGUGAGGGAAACGAUCGGUUAUCUUGAUUUCAGCAGAGAAGUGAAAGGGAAAGAUGAAACCACGCAUCGGUUCUAUCUCGCACUCGUCCCUGCCUCUAAAUAUCAAUCGCCUGAGAAGACCCAGCCUUUCUUCUUCCCCAGUACCCACAUGCUCUCUCAAGCCACAAGGUAAAGCUACUCUGAAGCAGACUUGGCCAUCUAUUUCCGUCGCCCUUUUUGCUUCAGGUUUCUCUCUGGGCACCCUUCUGGAUGCCAUCCACUCCAGAGUACAACUCCAAAUCUACCAGAAUGGAUCGAUUGACGUUGGACCUAUUCACACAAGCAUUUGGGUUCCUCCCUUGCUUGGGGUGUUCUACUGCACUGUUGGAAUGUUGCGGCUAUUCCUGGACGAAAAACUAUACGCAAAAUCAGAAGCUCCAGAGGGGACCUUGCAGAAGACGUCAGUGUCACUGCUGUUGCUUGUUCUGUUCAUAGAGUUGAGCGCCGAAAUGUACAAGGCUGGGGUGGCAGCCAACGUUGAAGCCUAUGCAUUAUUUGCUCUGGCAGAGUUCGUGUGGUUCUUCAUGGAUGGUACGUGGUUGGGUUUUGCAAUAGCGUCCAUUGUUGGCAUUGGCGGCCCACUGGCGGAGAUUCCACUGAUCAAGACAUGGAAUCUGUGGUACUACCCCAAUUCAAACAUUGAAAUCUUUGGCGUGGGGUUGGUCACCUGGACAUGCACCUGCUACUUUGUUUACACACCCUUUCUGAUUAAUUUAUCACGCUGGUUGAGAGGAACAAUCGCAUCCAUUGGUGAAAAAGUUAAUCAUGAAAGUGAAACUCUCUAGCAUGGAAGGUUAGUUACAUCUGCAUCAUUGAGAAAGAAGGGAAACCGGUUAGCCAGAGUAGUUCUUGUCUGCUUAUUCAAGUUCACCUCUUCUAGAUUCUGACAAGUGCAAUUAGUUUGUAUGCAACAUCUGUUGGUGUACAAAAUGGAUCAGCUUAAAAUGUGAACAUACUGAAGAGCCUUCCCUAAUAUAUUACAGAUUAGGCUUAUGCUUCGUCUAUGUAAUCAGAUUGAUUCCACAAGCAAAAUUGCUCUAUAAGCUAAUGCAGCUAACUUAUAUAUUGCAUAAA